ACUUUUACGACCACAGAAGUCCAGAUUGAAGUAGGGGAGUGACAGCAACUGACUGUUGAUAUUUUGGUUGUGAUUUUACAAUAUAUAAGCCAGAUAAUAUUUUUCUUAACACUGUAGAAUGGUGAUUUGCACAAGUUCAAUACUAAAUCUGCCAUCAGUGAUAUGACGUCAACUGGGAAACGGCUUUAGUUGAACUUAAAAGAAGUGUUUACGUUACCUCAAUCUGAAAUCGCUACACGUACUGGUGGUGAUAGUCCAUGGAGGACGCUAAAGGGGACGGUGACACGCCCGUCAAGACACCUGUACAAAGACAGGGAAGUGCCAGUAGUGCCACAAGACCAGACUCUCUAAAAGGGAGACUUUCUUCAGCCUCACGACGCUCAGGUGUGAUAUUUGAGGACCAGGAGGAUAGCAUUGAAGCUCUAGAGAGAAGUGGCAGUGCUGGUUUUGAAUGGGAUGGCUUAGAAGAACCACAGUUUGAGUUUGAUGAUGACUUGAACUUCAGUCUUGAGUUUGCAGCCAAUCAAGAACUUCCCAAUCCGGAUGAUCCCAACUCGGUGCUGCGCAGUGGGGCCAUGACCCCAGAUGGUCUCCUGGAUGAUGACUUUGAAAAGGAACUUGGGAUGCAGGAGGAGGUGAGAGAAGAAGACAUGCCAUUUUAUGAUGUUGCACAGCACAGAAUAGUGGAGAUUGCAGGUAGUGAUGACCGCUAUGGCAGGAAAGUGAUUGUCUUCUCGGCCUGUAGGCUGCCUCCGAGUAAAGACUUCAAUCAUGAGAGAUUGCUGCAGUACCUGAAGCAUACACUGGACCAGUAUGUUGAGAAUGACUACAUCAUUGUGUACUUCCACUAUGGACUGAACAGUCAGAACAAACCCAGCUUUAAAUGGCUGAAGGAAGCUUACAGAGAGUUUGACAGAAAAUACAAGAAGAACUUGAAGAAUCUGUAUUUGGUUCAUCCCACAAACUUUAUUAAGAUAAUUUUAUUACUAUUUAGACCAAUAAUUAGUGCCAAGUUUGGCAAAAAGAUAAUGUAUGUGAACUAUCUCCAUGAACUCAGAAAGUAUAUCCACAUUGACCAAAUAAACAUUCCAGAGAGAGUACGAGAGCAUGAUGCACAACUGAUAGAGAAGCACCAGCCCCGCCCCGCCAGGACAGCCAGCCAGGACAAACCAGCCCUAGACACUCAGCAGUUUGGAGUGACUUUAAAAUUUAUCAAAGAGCAACAUGGAGGAGAGGUCAUUCCCCCUGUAGUGAAGCAGUGCGUGGAGUUUUUAAAAGAACAUGGUCUUGAGGUGGAAGGGAUAUUUAGAAGAUCUGCUAAUGCACACUUAAUCAAAGAAAUGCAGCAAAAAUUCAAUGAAGGCCAAGAAAUAGAUUUUGCAGAAUAUGACAUCAAUAUUCCUGCUGUGCUGCUGAAGUCAUUCCUCAGAGAACUCCCAGAACCAAUUAUGACCUUUGAACUUUAUCCAAAACUCAUGAACUUACAUGCCUUGAACAAGGAUGCUCAGAUAGUUGAAGCCCAGAAGUUACUAUUGACAGAGCUGCCAGAGGAGAAUUAUUUUGUACUAAAGUACAUUUUAGAGUUUAUAACAUGGGUGGCAGCCAAAGCAGAUCUGAACAUGAUGACAGCAUUGAACCUAGCUAUUGUAUUUGGUCCUAACUUGAUCUGGUCCCGGAACCAAGCCUCUAUUGCCAGCCUGACACAGAUCAACUCCUUCACUAAACUGUUGAUAGACCAUUUUGAAGAACUGUUUACAAAAUGAUGUGAUUAUGAAGCAUUGAGUGAAGUUUUUUUUUUUUGCUUUUGUGGAGACUUUCAGCUGUAAAUAGUAUCAAGUUUGAAUUGGUGCACAG